AUGAAACCUCGCCCAUCAAGCUCCGGCAGCGGUGCCAUUCCUCCGCCCAAUCCGUCUCUCCAGCAGCAGCCGAAUCUGAAUCCAUCCGCAAGAUCCUUCACUCCUGUCGCGAUUAUGCCACCGGUGGCACCUUCCGCUUACUCGCCUCCCGUUCAGCACCAAGUCGAGCUGGUCUACCACCAGGCCAAAGCCGCCGAGGCUGCAAAGUUGAUGGCCGCACGCGCCCACGCCCACACGCCCCCGACGAGCGGCUCCGACCAGAUACAUGUGCCCAAGAAGCGUCGCGUCUCGAAUGCCCUCGGCGGCUCGUUCGACAAGCCACCUUCCCGGUCCGCGUCUGCGCCUAACGCAGCUGGCGUCGCUGUUGAUCAUCACGGCAUCCCGAAGACCCCGCCGAACCGCAGCGUCCAGCCUCAGACUACGACCCCCACGCCGCCUGCCUACACAUUUGACGACGACGACAUUUUCUUCCCCAAUGCCGACAAGCCUCUCGUGAAGAGCGGUCGUGGCAAGAAGAAGGCCCCGUCAGGCCGAAAGUGA